AUGUCGAAGAAGCCAGCUUGUGCAAGAUGGUGGCGUCGACUCUUUCGGAAGGCCAAGUCUGGAGACAAGCGAAGCGUCGAGGAGCCUGGCCACGUUUUCGAAGUGCCAGCAGAACUCUCAGGCCCACCUCGUCUCAAAGGCGCGCCCGGUAAAGCAGACACGCAGCAGAGGGUCGCGAACUUCGCCGAGAAAUUGGGUGACCAGGGAUGGGACGCAAUCGCCGCAGUGCUGGAGUCAGAGUUGGGUGUCCCGCUGACCUCCGACGAAGAAUCUCUGUCGACAGCCUGUGGUCUGUGGCUGGAUCGACUUGCACAUGGUGCGCAGCACGUCGAAAGCGGCAAUGACGACGGCUUAGUACUGGAGUCCCCACAGACAAUCGCGUCUCAACCCCCUUCAGAGGUCCUGAACGGCAUGCCCCGUCCCGAAGGUCGCCAAUGCUCAACCCUUACCUCUGACCAGUCCGACCCAGAGAAGCAGAGAGCCACCCAGACAUCUGACGCUGAAGCGGCUGGCACGAAUACAUCGAAACGUCUCUUCCAGCGAUGUGGCAGCGGACUCAAAAAGCUCUUUCCGUGCACCAGCAACUUUGCCAAAGAGAGUGCAGUACCGGCUGAACAGCUUCCAGAGGUAAAGGAGAAGGACGAAAAGGACACUCCAGGAGCUCCAGCACAAUCAAAGCUGUCUACCGAGGGGAACUUGAUUAUACCCGGUCAACGAACCAUGGUGCGAGUGACGCCAAAAACAGACGGGUCCAAGGCUGAGGCUGCCGGUGCGUCCGAGGUGAACGACUGGCAAGACAAGCUGACAGUCAGUGCGGUCGAGUGCGCGAACGACGGAAUAAGCUAUCCUCCACCACCAUUUCCAUUCAAGCAGCGCUGGCACAAGUCAGAUCCAGUACUGCGGGAGGGCCCUGAAAGACGCGUACGCGUUGAAGAGAACAACAAAAAAUACAUCUGUCGAACUUCCAACAUCGGUCCCUAA